AAGAUUGAGAAAGAAGAGAAGAGGCAGAGAUCUAGCAUUUCCUUUCUCUCUUCUCUCUCUCCCUCUCUCUAGAUAUGGGGUUCCCAACCAACGGCGUCUCCACAGACAAGCCCCUCAAGUUCCUAAUCUACGGGCGAACCGGCUGGAUUGGUGGCAUCGUUGGCACUCUCUGCCGAGCCCAGGGGAUCGAAUUCGCGUACGGGUCGGGUCGGCUGGAGAACCGGGCCUCGCUGGAAAACGACAUAGCAGAGGUGAAGCCCACUCACGUGUUCAACGCCGCCGGAGUCACGGGCCGACCCAACGUGGAUUGGUGCGAGUCUCACAAGGUUGAGACCAUCAGAGCCAACGUGGUUGGGACCCUCACCCUCGCCGACGUGUGCCGCCAGAGUGGCCUCCUCCUCAUCAACUACGCCACCGGCUGCAUCUUCGAGUAUGACUCCGCUCACCCACUCGGAUCCGGAAUCGGAUUCAAAGAAGAAGACUCUCCCAAUUUCACCGGUUCCUUCUACUCCAAAACCAAGGCCAUGGUAGAAGAUCUGCUGAGGAACUAUGAUAAUGUAUGUACGUUGAGAGUGAGGAUGCCAAUCUCAUCUGAUUUGUCGAACCCGCGCAAUUUCAUAACAAAGAUCACUCGGUAUGAGAAGGUUGUGGAUAUUCCUAAUUCAAUGACUAUAUUGGAUGAACUCCUUCCCAUCUCCAUAGAGAUGGCAAAGAGAAAUCUCACUGGAAUUUGGAACUUCACCAACCCUGGAGCGGUUAGCCACAAUGAAAUCUUACAGAUGUAUAGAGAUUAUGUUGACCCCAAUUUCACUUGGAAGAACUUCACUCUUGAGGAACAGGCUAAGGUAAUAGUUGCCCCCAGAAGCAACAAUGAGCUUGAUACAGCCAAAUUGAAGAAGGAAUUUCCAGAAUUAUUGUCUAUCAAAGACUCCCUCAUUCAGUAUGUCUUCAAGCCAAAUCAAAAGGCUGAAGCUUAAAUUAAUUAUGAAGGUUCCCCAAUUUUUAGCGUUAUUAUUGUCCUCAUUGAUUUCAGUGUGUGUAGAAGAUGUCCAUCUCCGUUCAUAUGCUUCGCUGGAUGUAUUCUAUUUGUAUUGACUCCGUGAUUGAAUAAAUUAGUGGCUAGUUAUUUAUAAA